AUGCUGGAUCUUGCUGUAUCCGCCACUGACAUUGGUGUUGUUCGAGGCGAAGCCUUAAACGCAAAUAUUUAUAUUCAAAGAUGUCUCUCUAAAUUGCUUCAGUUUGUGAACACACAUCAUGCAAAUGAUCAAAUAGUCUUUUGGCCAGAUCUUGCUUCAUGUCAUUACGCGAGGAUCACAAGGGACUGGUACGAAACUAACAACAUUACCUUUGUACCGAAACCAGACAAUCCCCCCAACCUACCUCAGGCUCGUCCAAUUGAAGAGUUCUGGGCAAUAUUAAGUCGGAAAGUCUAUAAUAACGGAUCGGAAGCACAAAAUCAGGAACAGUUAAGACGCCGCAUAUAUACAAAAAUUAGAGAAAUUGACGCCGAGGUCGUCCAAAGGAUGAUGCAACGUGUCAGGGGAAUUAUUAGGCAAAUCGAAAAUAAUGGUCCCUUUUCUGUCUUUUGA